AUGUCUACGGAUAAGAUCACUUUCCUGACCAACUGGCACGCUACGCCGUACCACGCUCCGCUUUACCUUGCGCAGGCCAGAGGAUACUUCCAGGAAGAGGGAAUUAAAGUAGCCAUCCUGGAGCCUAAUGACCCUUCUGAUGUCACCGAAAUCAUUGGCAGCGGAAAGGUCGACUUGGGCUUCAAAGCCAUGAUCCACACACUGGCUGCCAAAGCUCGAGACUUCCCGGUUCUGUCUAUUGGUUCGCUGCUCGAUGAGCCGUUUACCGGAGUUGUUUAUCUCAAGGACAGCGGCAUCACGACUGAUUUCCGCUCCCUGAAGGGAAAACGCAUCGGAUAUGUUGGAGAGUUCGGCAAGAUUCAAAUUGAUGAGUUGACCAAGUACUACGGCAUGUCCGCCACGGACUAUACCGCGGUUCGUUGCGGCAUGAACGUCACCAAGGCCAUCAUCAACGGCACUAUCGAUGCCGGUAUCGGCCUCGAGAACGUGCAAAUGGUCGAACUUGAGGAGUGGCUUGCAUCUCAGGGCCGUCCGCGCGACGAUGUCCAGAUGCUUCGCAUUGACGAACUUGCUGAGCUGGGCUGCUGUUGCUUCUGUUCGAUUCUCUACAUCGGCAAUGAGCAGUUCAUUUCGCAGAACCCGGACAAAGUGCGAAAAUUCAUGAAGGCUGUUAAACGCGCGACAGACUAUGUCCUGGCCGACCCAAGUGCCGCUUACGAGGAGUACAUCGACAUGAAACCCAUCAUGGCCACGCCCGUGAACCGCAAGAUCUUUGAACGUUCCUAUGCCUAUUUCAGCAAGGACCUGAAGAAUGUCGCUCGUGAUUGGCAAAAGGUUACCAAGUACGGGAAGAGAUUGGGGGUCCUGGACGAGGCUUUCGUGCCAAAUUACACGAACGACUUCUUGACUUGGACCCUGGAUGAGGAGUCCGCUGAUCCUCUGGGUGACCAGAAGAAGAUGUGCGUGCUCCAGAGGGAGGUUGCCCGCGAUGGUGGGUUUAGACGAUUGGAAGUUUCUUCCACCGCUUGA